AUGAUUUUUAAAAAAUAAAAUAUCAAAUUUUGUUCUCGAUAGAAAACUCAAUUUAACAAAAUCUAAUUAACGGAAAACAUUAAUAAAUGGUUUGUAUGAAAACAUUAAAAAAAAAUUCAUUUUAAUACUUCAUAAUUCCAAAGUGGUCUCCGCUAAUAUUAGAUUAAUAAAUAAUGAUUGGCUGAUAAUUUUUAUACACGCUAUUUAGUAUAGCGAGGGAAAAGAAAAAACUGCAACGGGAAAUGUUCUAUGAAAAUUGUUGUUUGUUUAAAAAAUAAUGGCGUUGUAAAAACGGAAAGAACGCGCUGGUGGUAUUUUUACUGUGAUGAUCAUGGAGGAAAUAUGUACGUCACCGUGGCUUUUCGGGAUAAUAAUGUUUAUUGGCGGCGCAGGAUGUGGCAACACGAUUCCAAACGACUCGGAGGGAAUGGUGGCCAACGGCGAAAUAUACGACAGCGUAAAGUACCCGUACGUAAUGCACGUAAUAGCCCGCGGUCAGUUGGGCGCUCACACUUGUACCGGGUCCCUGAUCAACCCGGUGUUUGUGCUGACGGCCGCGCACUGUACGGACAACAUGUCGCCGUCUAACAUGGAGGUGGUUCGCGGUCAUUACUACAAGUCGUGGCAAGACAACACGCUCCGCAAACAAGUCAAAACUAUAUAUCAGCACGAGAAGUACAUCAACGGGACCAAUGACGUGCCGGACAUAAGUUUACUAGAAAUUGAAAGCGAGUAUGAAGGUUUUACCGAGUUUGUAGAGAUAGCAGGUACGCCAGAAGAAUUUGAAAAUGACAAGACAUUACCGUGCGUUGUGAUUGGUUUCGGGAGAAUGGAAACUCAGAAGUCGCCAGAUAAAGACGGAUACCAAGCCAAUGUUUUGGCUGGUUAUGGCAAAACAGCAUGUCAUCAUUUUAUGAAUGACGACGAAUGGAAAUUUUACGUGUGCGCAAGGCCUAAUAAGAAAAUGGUGUGUCAGGGUGAUAGUGGAGGACCUUUAAUCUGCAACGGCAAGCAGUACGGUUCUGUCAAAGAUGGCUUUAAUUUUGUAACUGGCAACUUUACGGUAUGCGGUGAUCCAGAUGUACAAACAAGACAUUUGUUUUUAUACAUGUUCAAGGAGUGGAUUUUCAAUAUCAUUAAACCAGAUGAUGAUGAGUAUGAAUAUGACUAUGAAUACAAUCCAGCAGUUUCAUUAAAAUCUUCAAGUUCAGAUCCACACCGAUUAUUACGAAAGUAUAUCAAUGAUUUCAAUAUUAUUCGUCAACAAAAGAAUGGAUGGGAUAUAGAUAUGAUGUAUGGAUACAGGUUUGAUGAAGAAACAUGUCGGCUAUUGUAUAAAAUGACAAUAAAAAAUCCUGUUGAUAUUAAUGAUGAACAAAAAGCUAGUAAAGUAGUGUUGAGUAUUAAAGGAUUAAUUUCUAGAACAAUAGAAGGCAAAAUAUUACCCGAACUUGACAAAAUAAAUCACCCCUUUACAUAUAGCAGUAAAAAUUCUGUUAAAGCAGUUUUAAAAAACAUGUAUGGAAUAGACCUGGAAAAAGAAAUAGUUGCUAACAGUGUUGAAAAACAUAUAAAUCUUUUAAAUUUGUUUUAUGGUCUAACAGUUCAAGAUGGAUAUUAUAAUUUGGGCUUUGACAAAGUGAUCGUUGGUAAAACUAAGGAGUAA